UUAGCAAAGGGGAGGGCCGAGCGAUUGGCUGGUGCGCGCGCGGGGAUCUCCCCGCCCCCUUCCAGCAACCCCGCAGCGCUGCCUGCCGGAGAGCGGGGCGAUUUCCAGUUGAGAGAUGGCGGCCACCGCGGGCAGAUCGCUGCUGCUCCUCCUCCUUUCCCGGACCCCUGGCGGUGGUGGAGCAGGAGGAGGAGCGGCGCUUACAGCCGCCGGCUGCUUCCCGGGGCUGGGGAGGCAUCGUCAGCAGCAGCGGCACAGGACGGCACACCAAAGGCUUCCUCCGUGGCAGACCAUGAGAGUGGUCUACUGCAGUACUGUAGUGCCCUCUGAUGACGUUACAGUGGUUUACCAAAACGGGUUACCUGUAAUAUCUGUGAAUCUUCCAUCUCGUCGUGAGCGUUGCCAGUUUACACUUAAACCUAUCUCAGAUUCUGUUGGAGUAUUCUUACGGCAACUACAGGCAGAAGACCGGGGAAUCGACCGGGUUGCAAUUUACUCACCAGAUGGGACACGUGUUGCCUCUUCAACAGGCAUAGAUCUUUUACUUCUUGAUGAUUUCAAACUAGUAAUUAAUGACUUGACUUAUCAUGUUCGUCCACCAAAGAGAGACCUUUUAAGCCACGAAGAUGCAACCACGCUGAAUGAUGUAAAGACAUUGGUUCAGCAGCUGUAUACCACACUGUGUAUUGAGGAACACCAGCUGAAUCAGGAGAAAGAACUGAUUGGACGGCUAGAAGACCUCAAGCAGCAGCUGGCACCUCUGGAGAAGGUUAGGAUGGAAAUCUGCAGAAAAGCAGAGAAGAGGACCACGUGGGUGCUAUGGGGAGGGUUGGCUUACAUGGCCACUCAGUUUGGAAUUCUGGCCCGGCUCACUUGGUGGGAAUACUCUUGGGACAUUAUGGAGCCAGUCACCUACUUCAUCACAUAUGGUAGUGCCAUGGCAAUGUAUGCGUACUUCGUAGUAACGCGUCAGGAGUAUGUAUACCCAGAUGCCAGAGACAGGCAGUACUUAUUAUUUUUCCAUAAAGGAGCCAGAAAGACGCACUUUGACCUAGAAAAAUAUAAUCAGCUCAAGGAUGCUAUUGCUCAGGCAGAAUUGGAUCUUAAGAGGCUUCGAGACCCCUUGCAGGUACAUUUGCCUGUCCGACAGAUCAACGAUAAAGACUGAUCAGCAGAGAUCCUCUGAACCCUGGCAGAAUUGGCAAAACUGUUCAUAGCUCUUGCCUCUUUAAUUAAAGCAUUGCUGGUGGAAGCUGGGUGGUCUUGUGGGGGUGGAGGGCUUUUUUAUCAUUAAAACAGAACAAAGACCUUGGCUAGGGAUGGGGCAAUGUGUUCAAUCAAAAGAUCGGGCAUUGUGGGAUGUUAAGUCUUUUCAAAGGGCUUGACAAAUACUGUCACAUGUAUAUGUUCUUUCUUCCUGGAUGAAAAUAUAUAUUAAAAGGUUCGGCAUUUCAUAAACAGAAUGUAUGGGGGCAUAUUUUUCCAGCUUUGCAGUGUCUGCCUCUUGAUGAUGCACCAGCAGCCUGCUAAGCUUUUUAAAAGAUUUCUCCUGUUUCAAAAUAAUUAUAAUAGAUAAUGAUAGAGCAUCAAAAAAAGCGAAGAAGAGAAAAAGCCAUCUUAAGACGCUGUGGCUGCAGAUCCAAUUGGCCCUAGUUUCUUCAUUAACAUGCACUCUAGAUUGAACCUAGUGUGUUUGUAACAUUAAUGUGAAACUGCUGUUUACUUUUAAAAUUACAAAUCAUGAGGUUACCCUCCCUGCCCAGUUUCUAUCAAGAAGACGUUCUCCUUUAGUGAAUGAUAAAAUCACUAAUCAGCUUUAUCAGUGUCACAAACUGAAUAACCCUUGUUCUGAAUAUUUGAUAAUUGACACUUUCAAUGACUUGCUACAUUCUUAAACUUGAAUAUGUCCCACUGCCCUGGAUCUGCUUCUAAAUAUAAAUAGUGAUGUUGCAUGAGAUAAUUUUUCAUAUUCAGUCUUAAGGGACGAAAGUAUCCCCCUACUCUCUCCACCCCAAAAACUGGUAGCAACCUGGAUUAUCAAAUCAAAAAUGUUGGUUUAAAUAUAUAUUAUAUUGGGUACUUGGCUACAAUCAUGACUCUUUACUUAUACAGCUUUAGAACAGGGAUAAUUAAAUGUGACAUUUGCACAGCAGAAUGAAUUAUGUGUCUUAAUGAAAUUGCCUGGUCUAGAGACUUUGUCAGAGGCCUGGAAGAAAAGACACAAGUUCCACAUUAAUUCACAAGCCCUCUCUUCUUUUGAUAGCUUUAAAAGAGCCCUCUGCUGCCUACAGGCCAGGGUUUUUCUGUGGGGUAGCAGACUCCUUUUUAUUAUUUAAAUAUUUAAGGAAACGGCACUCAUCCUCCUCCUCUUGCAAAUCGACUGGGUUUUUUCUAAGCGGAUCUUGCAUCCUACACUGAGUGGAAUCAGCCUCUUCUUAUCGUCCUAUUUGACAAAUACUGUGCAGACAGGAUGGAGGUUGGAGAAGGGCUCUGAGCUUAAUUUGCAGAAAGGCCAGGUGUUUCCUACUUCUCACUGUGUCAAGGCGAGAGGCUCCCACUCUCUGGAGAACUGUGUUUCAAAGUGUACAAAAUAAAUAUAAACCAGACGCCAGGUGCCUUGCAGAUGUGGAAAUGCAGACGGGAUUGUUGCUGCCUCCUCUCACUCGAUGGCAUGUUGGACCGAGUGGAUGCAUGUUCCAAGGUGUUUUUCUCUCCCCACCUUUUGUUUUUCUGUUUUCAAUUAUUUUUGAAUUUUUUAAAAAAUGAUUGUUUUAUCCUCUUUGUAUGUAGCAUUUUAAAAGGGAAGAAAAUGAACAGUCCUGUAGCAGAGUGCUUGGUGUGUGUUUAGGGUGAGGCAGGGGCAUGAAGAAAAAGUCCUGAAAAAUAAAGUAAAAUAUGGAACAUGUAAAAUCCUGUAUCAUUUAUUAAAUAUGUAUAAAAGAGCAAUGUACUUCUGGAACAAUAAAUAAUUAUUCAGUUUUUGAA